AUUAAUAACAACUUCAAAACCGGUUAAUUAACAAGACACCUUAAAAAGAGACACAGAGACACGUUAUAAAAAUAUCAAAAUAAUGUGAGAUAGUUGUUCUAACGAAAGAAAUAGUAAAUAUCUUGUAAAAACCGUGGAUUGCCUCAGCCAGCAACGACAUAACCAAAAAAUCAUUAGUCUCUAUUGAGAAUGAAAGACGGAAGAGAAGUUUUACUCACAUCGGAUACCUCCGGAGAGUCAUGGAGUGUUGCAAUGUGGGAUCCCUUAACAGGAUCCAUGUUAUCUCAAUUUAGAAAUGCCUCGCCUAUAGCUUCAAAUAGUCUUCAGCUGCUGAAAGACAGUUACCUCCUAGGAGCUGAUGCCACAAAGCCUCGAAUCCACAUUUGGCCAGUGAACAGUCAAGUACCAGUUGCAAAUCUUCGAUUGACGACCCCUGGAAAGGUAUCUGCAUUGUCCUGUACUUCCUGUGGGACAUACAUAUCAGCUGCUGUGGAUGAAAAAGUCUUCAUCUGGCAGACGUCAACAGGAAAACUUCUGAAAACACUUGCACGUCAUUACCAGGCAGUUACGUGCCUGAAAUUCUCCUCGGAUGGGUCUCAUCUGGCUACUGCCGGACAGGAUGGUCUUGUCUUCAUUUAUUCGGUGGCUAGGGUCAUCAAUGAUUAUCAAGAGGCUCGACCUCUUCAUGGAUUCUCCGAUCACACACUUGGGGUUAAGGGAAUUUAUUUUGGGGCCUUUGGUGCAAGAUGCAGAAUUGUUACAGUCUCUCUGGAUCGAACGGCCAGGAUUUAUGAUGCUAAUUCUGGGGUGCAACUGCUGACGCUAAUCUUCGAUGUACCCCUGACAUCAGUCUGCUUAGACAAAAGAGAGUGCAGCAUGUUUGUGGGUUGCAUCAAUGGACACAUCAGGCAAUUCGAUUUGAGAAAUCCUCCUCGAGGUAGAGAGCACCAUGUACCAGGGGAUAAAGAAGAAAAGGGAAUUUUCUUCAAGGGUCACACGAGCAGCGUUAAUAAUCUGUCGGUGUCCAUCGACUGCAUCACCCUUUUGUCUGGAUCUGCUGAUGGAAACGUCAACAUCUGGAACAUUCCCAGUUGUCAGGUCAUCAGGAGUAUUCAACACAAAGGGGGAAUUACUAAUGCCUUGUUCGUUCCUCAUUAUGCAAAUUUUAAUGUGAAUGUUCUGAAACCAAAACUACUCGUUAAACCUCUCCAGAGGAUUGUUAAUGAGGACAAUGGUAUUCUUGAAAUUGUCAAAUGUGGAGAAGACGAUUUAUUGAAUCCUCAAGAUUUUUUCCAGGAGAGUGGAGAGUACAGUGGAAACAUCGAGCUCGAGAAAAAAUUGUCUGAGAGUAGAGCGGAAAUUGAGAGAUUGAAAAAAAUCAAUUCGGAGAUGUUUAAGUAUGGAGUCAAGUGUCUUCUGCAUAAGAAGUAGGAGGGAAAUGUUGAAAUGGAGGAGAUGAUGAUUAAAGUGGAAUGAAGUAUAUUCAGGGAAUGGAAUAUUAAGCCUUCUAUCCGUGAAACCUGCAGAUUUUUAUAAUUAACUUCAAAUGUAGAGUGAUUUAUUUUAUAUUCUGCGAACUGUUUAGAGGGCGACAGCAUUCGAUAAGUUAUCUAGAAGUACUUAUUAAAUAAAUAAACUUAUUAGAUAAAUGAGAGUGAA